AGAGGAGGCGCCCUGGACGCUAGCGGGCGGACAGCGGGACGCGGAGCACGCCGGUACCUGAAGUCUCCAGAAGUGCCCGCCGGAACCAAGGAUUCCGGAAGGCCGACUCCGCCCCCGCCCCGCGAAUGCCGGGAAUUGUGGUCCCAGUGGGACGCGAGUUAUGAGGUGGUCAAAGGGCCCGCGAGGCAUGCUGGGACCGCUAGCCCUUCCGGGGCGCCUCAGGAUUUCGGGUCCCGGCACCCUGGGCGGAUGCCCGAAGACUCCGCCUUCCCAAGAGCCCCUGCGGCGGGGUGCGAAGAUGGCGGCGGCGUUGGCCCGGCACCCCUAAAGCGGCGGCAAUGGAGCCUCCCCCGUCGCCGGGGCCGGAGCGGCUCUUUGAUUCGCACCGGCUCCCGGGUGACGGCUUCCUGCUUCUCGCGCUGCUGCUCUACGCUCCAGUCGGGUUCUGCCUUCUCGUCCUGCGCGUCUUUCUUGGGAUCCACGUCUUCCUGGUCAGCUGCGCGCUACCAGACAGCGUCCUUCGCAGGUUCCGACCCGGGCGCUCGGGGAGGGUCGGGGCUGGGCCUGGCCGGAGGCCGCGCAGUCACCACUGCCGGCGUUCCCAGGUUCGUGGUGCGGACCAUGUGUGCAGUGCUGGGGCUCGUGGCCCGGCAGGAGGACUCCGGACUCCGAGAUCACCGCGUCAGGGUCCUCAUUUCCAACCACGUGACACCUUUCGACCACAACAUAGUCAACUUGCUCACCAGCUGUAGCACCCCUCUACUCAAUAGUCCCCCCAGCUUUGUGUGCUGGUCUCGGGGCUUCAUGGAGAUGGAUGGGCGGGGGGAGUUGGUGGAGUCACUCAAGAGAUUCUGUGCUUCAACGAGGCUUCCCCCCACCCCUCUGCUGCUAUUCCCCGAGGAAGAGGCCACCAAUGGCCGGGAGGGGCUCCUGCGCUUCAGUUCCUGGCCAUUUUCUAUCCAGGAUGUGGUACAGCCUCUUACCCUGCGAGUCCAGAGACCCCUAGUUUCUGUGACGGUGUCAGAUGCCUCCUGGGUCUCAGAACUGCUGUGGUCACUUUUCGUCCCUUUCACGGUGUAUCAAGUAAGGUGGCUUCGUCCUGUUCAUCGACAGCUGGGGGAGGGGAGUGAGGAGUUCUCCCUCCGUGUACAACAGCUGGUGGCCAAAGAGUUGGGCCAGACAGGGACACAACUCACUCCAGCAGACAAAGCAGAGCACAUGAAGCGACAGAGACACCCCAGAUUGCGUCCGCAGUCAGCCCAGUCUUUCCCUCCCUCCCCUGGACCUUCUCCUCAUGUGCAGUUGGCAACUCUGGCUCAGAGAGUGAAGGAGGUUUUACCCCAUGUGCCACUGGGUGUCAUCCAGAGAGACCUGGCCAGGACUGGCUGUGUAGACUUGACUAUCACUAAUCUGCUUGAGGGAGCUGUAACUUUCAUGCCUGAAGACAUCACUGAGAGGACCCAGGCCCUUCCCACAGCCUCCACGCCCAAGUUCCCCAGCUCUGGCCCGGCGACCCCUCAGCCCACAGCCCUAACAUUUGCCAAGUCCUCCUGGGCCCGGCAGGAGAAUCUGCAGGAGCGCAAGCAGGCGCUGUAUGAAUACGCAAGAAGGAGAUUCACAGAGAGGCAGGCCCAGGAGGCUGACUGAGUACAGGAUGGCACCCAGAGCCGCAGGACGGAGACUGGGGGCAGCCCUCACCCAACUCACAACAGGCCGGAUGGGUGGGUGGUAAAAAGGGAGGGAUGGGGCUCCCCCCAAUAUCACAUUAAAUUCAGGGUUUUCA